AAUGUGUGCCCAAACUAUUUUGACACGAGAGAGUUCCAUGGUGGAGGUGGUGGCUCUGCCCAAGAUAGACCUGGAGCCUGUAGGUGAUUACCCGCGGAGAGUCGCCGCCCCCUAGCACCCAAACCCAAGGUGCAUCAGGUUGUCCCAGUAGAGUUGAAAGAGUCGAUGGAGCUACAGACUCUUUAGGCAGCCACAACAUUAACUGGUGCCAUCAUCCAACAUGGGACGUCGUUGGCACACCCUAUUGUAUUGGAUGAUGAGCCAUUAGUUGCUCUAGGUGGCGACAAAGAGCCCAUCCAGCAUAUGUGUGUCAGUUGCUCGAGGAUAUACUCGGGGAUAGAUGAUGCAGCCGGUGCAGAUGGAUCCUCAUCUCAUCUGUACACGAUUUGUGGAAGUAGAUGUCAAGCCCGCACGACUGAGGAUUUUGCGCUGACAGAUGAGUUGAUGGACAUGGUGUUUGCCCAUGAGCGACAAACACAGGAUGCAGCAGUGGUAUCCCAUACUCCUCCCCUAGUUACUAUUGCUGCAACUUCGAUGCCUAAGGUGUUGACAGGGGACCAAAUGUCCCAGAUUGAUGAGAUCACGCUCUCAGCGAUCGAUUUUGGCCUACAAGGCUAUACGGGUACCCCCUCCUCGUCUAGGGCUCGUCCUAAGAAAAAGAAUUCCUCAAAGAUGCCAAAACGUGGGAAGAAGCGGCCAUUGAGCUAUGUGGAUUUGUUGAAUGCACCUGAUUCGCCUGUGGAUCAAGAGAGGGCGGAGGAAAUAUCCAUACAUAUUUCAUCAAUGGCAAACCCUCCUCCGUGCACUGGAGAAGCAUCUCAGAAUCCGGUAAUAGCGACAGUUUCUCCAUCGAUGGUGAGUCAUCCUCAAUCCAUUGGAGAAGCAUCUCAGGCACAAAUCCCUUCAAGGUACGGUCAUAACGUGGAUCCAUUUAAGUAUGUCUUCAAGAAAACUCCUAAGAGUGACAAGGAGAGGUGAGCGAAGACAUUAGCUCCUAGAUCAGUUGAUGAGCCAUCUACAGAGCCGCGAAUUGCAUCGAAGAGGCUUGAUUUUGAUGAUCCACCACAAUUUUAGGAUCAUAUAGUGUUAGUUUUGGUCAUAGAAUGACCAAUACAUGUAGAUAUAUUCUACAUUUUUAUUGUAUAUUGAU